AUGGCUGAUGCGCAAUCAUCCAUUACCGUCGCGAUUCGCGUUCGGCCGUUUACGAUUCGAGAAGCCGCACAAGUUCACCGAGCCGAGGACAACACACUCUUUCUUGGCGAUGGCUCUCUUGCGGGAACGCCAGCCCCCAAGCUGCACCAGCGCGGCAUUCGGAAUGUUAUAAAGGUCAUGGAUGAACGUUGCCUGGUUUUCGAUCCGCCCGAGGAUAGUCCCGUGCACAAAUUCUCCCGGUCGGUUGUCCCCGGCUCGAGAAAGGUCAAAGAUCAAAUUUUUGCAUUUGACCGUGUCUUUGACGAAAACACUACACAGUCAGAUGUCUACGAGGGCACAACAAAAAGCCUCCUUGACAGUGUCCUAGAUGGCUACAAUGCCACUGUUUUUGCUUACGGCGCCACGGGCUGCGGAAAGACACACACAAUUACGGGGACACCGCAAUCGCCGGGAAUCAUUUUCUUAACGAUGCAAGAACUCUUCGAAAAGAUUGAAGAGCGCAGCCAGGACAAGACGACCGAAGUCAGCCUGAGUUACCUGGAAAUCUACAACGAAACUAUCCGUGACUUGCUUGUUCCAGGUGGUACCAAAGCUGGGCUGACUUUGCGCGAAGACAGUAACCAAGCAGUCACAGUUGCUGGCUUGACAAGCCACCACCCCAAAGAUGUGCAGGAAGUCAUGGAUAUGAUUGUUCAGGGAAACGAAUAUCGCACAGUAUCACCGACACAAGCCAACGCCACUUCUUCUCGAUCUCAUGCUGUUUUGCAAGUCAACAUCGCUCAGAAAGACCGAAAUGCUGAUCUCAACGAACCUCACACAAUGGCAACACUCAGCAUUAUUGAUCUUGCUGGCUCGGAGCGAGCCUCUGUGACAAAGAAUCGAGGCGAACGUCUUACCGAAGGUGCCAACAUCAACAAAUCACUUCUCGCAUUGGGCAGUUGCAUCAAUGCACUUUGUGACCGUCGACAACGCGCGCACGUCCCAUAUCGCAACAGCAAGCUCACGCGAUUGCUGAAAUUUUCGCUUGGUGGCAACUGCAAAACAGUCAUGAUUGUUUGCGUUUCGCCUUCUAGCGCCCAUUUCGAUGAGACUCAAAACACACUCCGUUACGCGAACCGAGCCAAGAAUAUCCAGACGAAAGUGACCCGAAAUGUCUUCAACGUCAACCGCCAUGUCAAGGACUUUUUGGUCAAGAUUGAUGAGCAAAUGGCACUCAUUACUGAGCUCAAGGCUCAACAAAAGGACGCCGAGAAAAUCUCUUUUGCAAAGUUCCGAAAACAGUACGACAAGAGAGAUUCUGUGGCUAGAGAAGGAGUGCAACGUCUUCGCACAGCCUACGAUAACGCCGCCGCUGAUAGACAUGAGCGCAUCCAAAACAUGAAAAGGCUUAAAGGCUUUGAGAGAAGAAUCUCACUAUUGAAUGGCUGGGUUGCGGCUUUCGAUGCAGUGUGUGCGAAAAGGGCCGACAUUGGUCCGAUGCCUGACAAUCUCUCUGCUGUUCGCAAAACCGCCCAGGGUAUCCUCAUUGAAUUGGAGCAUAGCCGCCAGCACAUCCAUCAGAAGCUCGAGCACUCAACUUGGGAGCGUCACAUUGACACUGCAUUGGCCCACAGCAUUCAGCAGUUGCAGACCACCGAAGGCUCCGACACCGGAGAGGUUAAUGACCUCCAGCGAGAAGCCGAACUGAUCAAGGCGAAUUUCAGCCGCGAAGCUUACCGCGAAGUUCUGGAACAAGAGAAGUUCGGCGAUGCGGCAAUGGUUCAGAUGCUUCUGACUGCUCAAUUCGAAAUUUUGACCUCGCUCUCUGAUAUCUUGGCUAUGGACGAGCAGAGCGCAGUGUCUCAUGCAAAGGGGGUCUUUAGCAAAUUACUGCAAACCGGUUUCACUUCGGCGGCACAAGUCGUUAGACCUGACGACUCCGCUUCCAUAAGUAGCUCGAGCUCUUUCUUGCAAAAAGGUUCGGUGAAGAAGAGUUACCUUUUUGGACAAGCCAAGCCAUUCGAGGCUCCAGCGUUGGCUGCAUCAGAACCGGAGAAUGUCAUGACCAGCCCUCUUAAAUGCUCACCGAGAAGGCGUAAGGUGCUUACUUCGGCCAAAAAAGCUGUCACAUUCACACCUGUGAAGAAGAACAAAAAGAGCGGCGUGAGGUGGCGAGAUGACGAGACAGAGGAGGGUACCCUCGCGGACUUUGAGAAGACGCCUAAGAAUCUGAAGUCGCCCGAGGGGCUACUGGAAGCGGCUCCUAUCAUCGAGCAGUCUUCAGAAGAGGCCAUAGUCACGAGCCACGAUCAAUCCACAGAGGAUGAGUCAACCUUGAUUAUCCCUGAGGCGACGAGUCUCAAUCUUGCAAAACCCAGUCGCUUCCAGGCGGGAUUCCUCAGCAAGUCGUCUCGGCCUUCCAUGCUGCCAAACGGAUCACCAUCACCCCAGCCACCAACGCUCAGCCCUGGCCUACCACCAGGCCCUCUAGAAACCACGCAAGACUCACCUCUCAGAACCCUCGACGUCACUCAGAGUGGCAAUAUGUCGCCACCACCUUUGCCGCAGGGAAUUAGAAACAGUCCUCAAUGCUCUCUGCAGACAAUCGCGGAUGAAAACUGCCCACCCUCAGCUGCCGCCUCAGGGUCGGACUCGGACUCCAGCUUGCUUGAUCAGCGUAAGCUUCGCAAUGCGAUGCACUCGGCCAAAAAGGAGCUGCCCCGUAGAGUGAGCGCUCUUGGCGCUGUAACUGCAUCUAGCGCAAGACGCAUAUCUUCGGUCGGAUCAACAACGGGAGAUCGCGUGGGAAGUCGUCCUAGCCUGUCGGGUUCUCUUGCUAGCUCAACCAAUGGCAUAUCACGACACCGUCGAGGAAGCUUGGAGCGGAAGCGAAAUUCACCUAUGUCGUGCUCACCUCCUCAGUGCAAGGAUCGCAAUCUUACUGCCUCUCAGGCGAGGCGGAUGAAUCUCGGCGGUAGUGUUCGCGUCGAGAAUACGGCCAGCCCAAUCAAUCCAGCAGUUAACCAGACUCGCCGCGUCACUAUCAGCGUCGGGGCGCCAGCUUCGGUACUCCGGCGACAAGAAAGCAAGGGGAACAUGGCCCUUCGAUAA